UCGAAUAAGACUUUCUACUUUAAAAAAACACAAUUAGAGCCCCCAACUAAAAUUCCGCUCAAGUAAACCCUCGAACUCAUUUUAAGUGACAAAUCUUCUCUUUUAACCGGUAAUGAAUUGUUUAACCUGUUACUGUGCACACGUGGCGACCCACGUGGCGGGUUUUUAUUAUUUAUUUCACAUUAAUUUUUCUUUUUCCUUUCUUUUUUCCUUACCUCCUCCUUUCUCCCACUCCCCCUUUCUUCUACGCUCGUUCCAGCAACCUCCUUCCGGCCUUCCCCCUUCACCACUUCUUCCAUCAACCCUUUCUUCUCCCAUUUUUUUGUCUUCUCCCAAUUCCUACCCACAGGUCGUCGGCCAGUCCUUCAUUCCGCAGCUUGAGAGAGACCCACGUCGCCGGAGAUUCUCGAGUACCCACCGCACGCCGGAGUGGUGGACGCCUCCUUCUCACAGAUCGCUCGUCUACUGCCCACGAGUCGAUGGCUUCCGUUGAAGCUUCCGGGUCAGCGACGGUGCUCCGUGAUACCUUUAGGCCGGCCAUUUCCAGAUCCGCCGUAGCUUCAAUUCGGCCGCCGCCCUAGUCGACGGAGGAGAAGUAGGGAGCGGGAUGUUGGCUCUUUCCUUCCAAAUUCAACGUGUUGACCGUGUUGCUCCUCAAUUGACCUCGUUGACCAUCUAGCUCUAAGAUAUUGGCCUGCAAAAUAAUCACUAAAAAGAACUAAAUUUAUAUUAGUGGCUCGAGACGCGUCAGACGCUGUCCUAAGGAAUUAUUUCCGGCGUACGGAAAUUUCCCCCAAGAUAUAACGAGCCCUUCGGUUGUAAAACCGGUACCAGAACUAACGAGAAGAAAAUAAUAUAUGAACCCAGUAAUAAUAUAUGAGAAAGGACUUGUAGCACAAAUAGACACUUUAUCAUUCAAAAUAAAAAAUCCCAAAUUUCUUCUCCAUACGUAUGUUUUCAUAUAUGUAUAUAUCGUAGCUAGUACUCAAAACCCUCAAUUGAAUUUCUUGCUUUCAAGUGUAUGCAUAUGCAUAUAUUUUACAAUGUAGGUAUGAGAUAGAGUUUUGUACGUUGUACGUAGCUUUCCACUAAUGUAGCAAGA